AUGACCGAUCUAGAUUUUGUUAGAUCAGUACUCUAUUCAAAAAGUAUUAAUUCAAGCGAUGUAAAGCCAUAUACUGGUCUUCACUUCAAUAACAGUGGUGAUUUGAUUUUGUCAACACCAUCCCUCGAUUCAUGUCGUGUUAAUAACGAUCCAAUUUAUCGAUACGCAGGAAACAUAUCUACUCAUCUUCCUAAAAGAGUAGACUAUCGUAUCUUGUCGUAUAAUUCACUUGAAAACCGUCGUUAUCAUUCUCUUCGAAUGAAGCAACCCGUUCCACAUUAUGUAACUCGUAUUUACGACGAACGAUUUGGUUCUGCUGUUUCACCUCGUACUGAACCAUCACGAACAAUUCGUAUUAAUAAAGAACCUGGCUAUCAAUUACUUGUUGAUCAAAUUCCAAAUCAAGAUCAAACAAUGAUAUCACAACGUUUCAAUAAAUUAAGUCCAUUUGUUACUGAACAUGGAAAUAAUCCCAAUGCUAAUCCUAUUCUUCGAGAAACAGCAGUUUAA